CAUAAAUAAAUACCAAGUUAGAGAGAGAGAGAUUAUGGAGCCCUUCACCAAAGACUUCAAAGUAGGAGAGUGCGAAGGCCAAAAGGUGGUGGAUGGUGAGACCAUGCCACUGGUGCUGCAGCCUCCAGCACCCGAAAACAACGAUGUGGAGUCACUUAUUUUGGCUCUUCAGAAGAACAAGGACUGGUUUGAUCAGAUGCUUCUCAAGAACAGCGCUAUCCUUCUCCGAGGUUUCAAUGUGCAGAACGCUGAGGAGUUCAACGACAUCAUAGAAACCUUCGGUUGGGAUGAUAUUCGCUAUGUAGGACCGGCGCCAAGAACUCAUGUGCACAAGCGAGUUUGGACUGCAAAUGAAGGACCUCUCUCAGAGUUCAUAUACUAUCACCAUGAGAUGGUCUUGAUUAAGGAAUAUCCCAAAAAGGUCAUCCUAUUCUGUGAGAUACCUCCACCAGAAGGCGGACAGACCCCAUUUGUUCCGAGCUUCCGAGUGACGGAGAGGAUGCUGGAGGAGUUCCCGGAAGCUGUGGAAGAAUUGGAUGCAGGUGGCUUGAAAUACACCUUCACAGCACCAAGUAAGAACAGCACAGGUUCUAUGAGGGGCAGGGGUUGGGAGGAUACUUUUGCCGCAUCAGACCGUGCAGAAGCUGAAAAAAAGGCUAAUGCUUUAGGCAUGGACGUCGAGUGGCUAUCAGAUGGGGGAAUCAAGACGAUAUUAGGACCGAGGUCGCUGACGAAGGUGUUUGAAGGAAGAAAAGGGAGGAGAAUGUGGUUCAACACGAUGGUAGGCAUGCAUGGGAAGGAGAACAGCUCGGCCCUGAUGGCGGACGGGACCGAGAUUCCGGCAGAGCUGGUGAACAGAUGUGAGCAGAUAAUCGAAGAAGAAAGCAUCCAGUUCAAGUGGGAGAAGGGUGAUGUUCUCUUCCUUGAUAACCUGGCUUUGCUUCAUGGAAGAAGGCCUUCUCUUGCUCCCAGAAGAGUCUUGGUUGCCACAUGCAAGUAG